CUUGAUUCUAGACUUAAAAACUAGACGAAAUCAAGCGAAUUUUCAAUCACGAUUAUAACCCAAAAUGGAAAACAAAAAAGAUGUACGGAUAGAAGCAGACAGUUUUGGAGACAUUGCUGUCCCUGUAGAUGUGUAUUAUGGGGCCAAUACUGCAAGAUCACUCAUUAACUUCAACAUUGGAGGACAAACUGAGAUAAUGCCACUGGCAAUUAUUCGUGCAUUUGGUAUUUUAAAACGUUGUGCUGCACAAGUGAACAUUGAGUAUGGUCUAAGCAAGGAUAUAGCUGAACACAUAGUAAAAGCUGCUGACGAGGUUAUAUCAGGUAAACUAGAUGCAAGUUUUCCACUUGUUAUUUGGCAAACAGGAUCAGGAACACAAACCAACAUGAAUGUCAAUGAAGUGAUAAGUAACAGAGCAAUUGAGAUGAUGGGUGGUGCUAUGGGGUCCAAGUCUCCAGUUCAUCCAAACGACCAUGUAAAUAUGGGCCAGAGCUCCAAUGAUGCCUUCCCUACAGCCAUGCAUGUAGCUGUAGCAAUGGAGGUGAGUAACAGUUUACUGCCAGCAAUGGAUCUGUUGGCUUCUGCCCUUGAGGUCAAGGUAAAAGAGUUUCAGGACAUCAUCAAAAUUGGACGGACUCAUUUACAAGAUGCAACUCCAUUAACAUUAGGACAAGAGUUUAGUGCGUACUUACAGCAAGUCAAAUAUGGGAAAGACAGAGUUUUAUCAACAUUCCCCAGACUGCUUGAGCUUGCAUUGGGUGGAACAGCAGUGGGUACAGGACUCAAUGCCAGGAAAGGAUUUGCAGAAAAGGUGGCUGCUAGUAUAGCUGAUUACACAGGUCUUCCUUUUGUCUCUGCUGCCAACAAGUUUGAGGCCCUGGCUGCCCAUGAUGCCUUGGUUGAGCUCCAUGGGGCCCUGAAUGUCCUAGCCUGUAGCCUGAUGAAGAUUGGCAAUGACAUCAGGCUCUUGGGCUCUGGGCCACGGUGUGGUUUGGGUGAGCUGAGUCUGCCUGAGAAUGAGCCAGGUAGCAGCAUCAUGCCAGGAAAAGUAAACCCCACACAGUGUGAAGCUCUAACAAUGGUAGCAGCCCAGGUGAUGGGAAACCAGACAGCCGUGUCCAUAGGGGGAAGCUCUGGCCAUUUUGAGCUGAAUGUCUUUAAACCUCUUAUAGUCAGCAAUGUCCUGAGAUCAGUUCGACUUCUUGCGGACUCCUGCGUUUCAUUCACCAGGAACUGCGUCCAGGGCAUCCAGGCAAACACAGACAGGAUCAGGCAGAUAAGGGACGAGUCCCUGAUGCUGGUCACAGCCCUGAACCCAUACAUCGGCUACGACAAUGCUGCUAGGAUAGCCAAGCUGGCUCACAAGGAGGGGACAACUCUGAAGGAGGCCGCCAUUAAACUUAAGCUUGUGACGGCAGAGAACUUUGCUCUGUGGGUCAGGCCUGAGGAAAUGCUGGGGCCAAAGUGAAUGACAGUCUGAUUGUAUUCAGUAACUCAGAACUGGGAGAGGUUUCAUUGGUUUAAUUUCCGGCAUUUAAAUAUAUACUGAUGGAUAUAUACACUAUACUCAACUACUGUCACAAUUUAUUUUGUAAUUUAAAAUUAUAUUUAGUUUUUGUUUGAAUUGGUUGUUUAAUAACACAGUAGUGUUGAUGUUAAUUGUGUCAUGAAAAAUGCUUAUAUAAUCAGCAUAGAUAUUCAACAUUUUUGUUAAACUGUUAAUAGUUUAUUGGAGGAAAAGUAGCUAUUGAACCAGCGAUCAGUGUAAUUUUAUCCUGACAUUGUCAUAGACUGAUGCUGUGAUUUUACUGUUAUGUUGGUUCCAUAUCAAAUUGUUUCUUUGGCCUUUUCAUUUUGCAUUUAUGUUUCCAUAAAAAUUUUGUGGUUUUUACUGGAAGUUUUUGAUAGGAGCUCAGUGUUAUUCAUGUGAAAGUGGUGUGUUUAAAGAGAUAAAUAGUGAUAUGCUAUCAGUGAUAUGUUGAAAUUUCUAUUUUUACAUUCCUUACCCGGUCUAUGUUGUGAGAUCUACUGGAUUUGAUUUAUUACAGAUUUAUAUACUCGAUUAUUUUUAUGGACAGAUUUUAUAAGGUUUGUUUUAUCCUCAUCUGAUGUUUGCCCUUGGAAGAUAUUUUUUUUAUGUCAUAUAUUUUAAUUUCCAGUGUUUUUUUUCCUAUGUGAAAUUCAGGUAAUUUGUACACUACACCUCUAUCAGGUGCAACCACUGUUUCACUCCACACAUCAGGGCCAUGUAAUGUGUGCAUUGUCUAGUGUUCAGUAAAGUUCUAAUUUUGGUUUUCUGUAGCAAGUAAUGUGCUGCCAAAUUGUCUUUGUGCCUUCAGCUAAAAUGAUUUUAUUCUAGCCUUGGUCUGUGUUUCCAGUUUAACUCACACAUUUCAAAUACCAUGAAUGCAACCAAUCUUUUUUCCAGCAUAAUGUGUUUGUUGUAAAACUUAACCAAAUUAUUUACCAUUGGGAAAAUUGUGCUUAGAGGUAACUUUUUCUCCAAAUAUUGUCCAAUAUUACCCUCUGACUCAGUAAAUUUAUUGAUUUAUUUGUGUGUCAUUCCAACUACUUCCAUUUCCCUGAUACAUUUUCAUGAUAGAUUUUAUCAUCAUAUGUCUGGAGAUGUUAACAUUAACUAUCACUGCCAUCUGUAAAAAAAAUAAUCAGCUCUUUCAACUGUCAUUAGAGUUUUUAAAAGAAAAAUUUUAAAGACCAAUAACUAUACUAAGAUGUAAAUAUAUACAAACAUUUGCAUUUUAAUCUGAACAGUUUAUUAUUUUAUCAAUUAUUUUUAUGACUCGUUCCUCUUGUUGAAUUUGUUUUAUAAUUUGUGGUGUUUCUCAGGAUUUUGUAACAUCUGCCUAAUGGCUAUAAUUAUAAAUUGGUUUGUAAAUAAAGGUUUAAAAAAAAUGUGGUUGCACACCAAGUGAAAAAUGUAGAAAUUUGAGAUCAUCUUUCUAACUAUGCAAACACUGACCACUUUGUAACAUUUGUAAUCACUACAUUUCUUAUUGUUUAAACACAAGUAUUUGAUAACAAGUUCACUAAGUAAUGAGAUGUGCCUUGUAUUGUAAUGUGUUUUAAUAUUACCCUCAUGUUUUCCAAAACUUUUUAAAAGAAAACUGAAAAUGUAAUCCUCCAAAUGAAAUCAGUCUAGAUUUAAUUAACCUUCCAUAAGGUUGGAUCUAGCUGGUUUUAUUAUUCUCUAUUAGAACAACUGAUGCUGGAAGUGUCGGCCGUAAUUUGUUCUCAAAAUGGAAUUUUACCUGACACAACCAGAGUUAUCUUCCCCACAUGAAAUUUUAUUGUGUCUGGCUUAGUGCAUGAAAAUUUGCCCCAUUACAUCUUGCUGCUUGCCCCUGCAACAUGAGAAUGAUAGUGAUAACACUAAAAGUAGAUGAUAGCGUCAACAUUUCUUCUAUCUCAGCUCACUACACACAGCCCAAUAGUGUUCUAAUGAUUUAUUUUCCCUGUGACAAAAUUUGCAUUAACUUGUAUUCGAUAAAUGUGAAUUGAAAAUAUUCAGAACAGAUUUAAACAGAUGUCUAAAAACUGUAGUAUUUUUUUAAAUGUCUAUACCUACACAUAGAAAUAUUUAGUGUACUUGUUUAAAUUGGACAUUGAUAAUUGCAGUUUGUUAUAUAAAUGAUCUUAGUUGCACAACAAACUGAGUACAAGUUUAAGCAAAGUAGUUUUAACACUUACUCUGGAGCUCCAAUAUAUUUUAUUAAAAACAUUGAAAACCUUUCUUUUUGUGUAUGUUUAAUGUUUAAAACAACAUGUUUAAUCAAUC